AGUUGUAAGGAGACAGUAGAAAUGCCUGUGCACACCGGGGUGUAACCAAAAAGCGCCUCUGAGCCCAGAGGGAUCAGGGCAGUUGGGAGGAGGGUCGGCGGGGGAUUUUUGAGGCUGAGUCGACCAGCUCAGCUAAAGGCCUGACUCGUUUUGUCUUUUGGGCAAAUAUGAUGCUGGAGACAGUGGAAUGUGAGUGGUGAGGCUGGUGCUGUGAAUCCAACAUGGAGGUGAAGAAAGAUGGAGGAGGGCAGUGGUCCUGUGCAGGAGCCUCCUCUGCUCCCUCCAGUCCUGCCUGCUACAGGAGCAUAUUGCUGGCCUCGCUCCUCAUCUUCCUCAUUAUCGGGGUCUGUGUGGGCCUGCUUGUAGUGUACCUGGUGCAGGAGCAGCAUUACUUUAUGGAAACAGUGCAGCUGAGGGGUCUGAAGUACGACCCUGUUCUGCAGGACGAGAGCUCCGGCUUCUCCAUAGUGUUGUCCUCCGUCCUGAAGACCAAGGUUAAAAGCGUCUUCACUGCCUCAUCAGUAUCACAUCAUUACGUUGAUUGUAGUAUUGUUGCCUAUGGUAACAUUAAUGGCGAUGUGAUGGCAACAUUCAGACUGGUCUUCAGGGUAUCCAAGGUCCAGCAGUAUUCAGACAACUUUGUUCAGGACUUGCUGAGGGUGGGGCUCAACUCAGUGCUGCACGCGAAAUCACUAGAGGUGCCUGACUUUGGAGAAAUCAACACUAUCAUCUUACUGGGGGCAAGUGGCAAGUCAUUCUAUACUAUUGGAGAUGAGAUGAUAGCCAGGUGUCCUGACAACACCUUCGUUUGUGACAACGGGGAGUGUGUCACCAAAUCCAAUCCAGAGUGUGACUUCAUCCCUGACUGUGCGGAUGGAUCAGAUGAAGCGCACUGUGCCUGUGGUACCCGUCCCGCCAUGGGGAAUCGUGUGGUGGGAGGAGAGGACGCCCGGCCAGGGGAGCUACCAUGGCAGGUCAGUCUGAAGCUGCAGGGACGUCAUACUUGUGGAGCCUCCAUCAUCAAUGAACGCUGGCUGGUCAGUGCGGCACACUGCUUUGAGAGGGACAAUGACCCCAAAGAGUGGACAGCCCUGGUCGGGGCCAGACUGGUGAGUGGGGAAGAGUCUGAGUCCAAAACAGUUAACAUCAAGUCGCUCAUAGUGUCUCCACACUACAACCCUCUGACCACAGACAACGAUGUGACUGUGCUGGAGCUGGAGACCCCGCUCACCUUCAGCCCCUACAUCCAGCCUGUGUGUCUGCCCGCCCCUUCUCACACAUUCGCCACGGGCCAAAACUGUGUGGUGUCAGGGUGGGGUGCGCUGACCCAGUUCAACACUGAGGUGCCUCCCACACUGCAAAAAGCAGUGGUGAAAAUAAUUGACUCCAAAGUGUGCAAUAAAUCAUCCGUAUACAGAGGGGCUGUGACUCACAACAUGAUGUGUGCUGGGUUCCUGCAGGGCAAAGUGGACUCCUGUCAGGGAGACUCUGGAGGGCCCCUGGUGUGUGAGGAGGCCCCGGGACGGUUCUUCCUGGCCGGGGUGGUGAGCUGGGGCGUUGGCUGUGCCCAGAUCAACAGGCCUGGGGUCUAUUCCCGUGUUACCAAACUCCGCAACUGGAUUCUAAGCCACACAGAUCCCAGCCUGGUCCAAAACCAUGUCCAGGAUGUUCCCAGUGUACCAGUUACCAUGCCGUGGGACAAAUUAAACGACCCACCUGAAUCCAGAACCGUGGCCACGGCUGUGUCACCCUUCCCAGCCUUACCCUCUGUGAAUUGCAGUGGGAACUUCCAGUGCAGCGCGAGAUCCUGCAUCAGCAAGAUCAACCCUGAGUGUGACGGAGUCCUGGACUGCCCUAACCAGGCUGAUGAAAGAAACUGUGACUGUGGUGUGCGUCCUGCGUUGGGCUCCCAUAGGAUUGUGGGUGGAGUGACAGCUCGUAGAGGGGAGUGGCCUUGGAUUGGCAGUCUCCAACACCAGAGACUUCAUCGUUGUGGCUCGACACUCAUCCACAGCAAGUGGUUACUCACUGCAGCACACUGCUUGAAAAGUGACCCCAACCCCUCGGGCUGGUCAGUGAGCCUGGGCUCUGUGCUGCGCUCUGGGGUGGGAGCCCUGGUCAUCCCCAUCCAGAGGGUCAUCAUCCAUCCAGCUUUCAACAGCACCACCAUGAACUAUGAUGUGGCUCUGCUGGAGCUGGCUGUACCAGCUCCCAGGUCCUACACCAUCCAGUCUGUGUGUCUCCCCUCUCCGGUCCACCGCUUCCUCAAGAAUGCUGAGUGCUACAUCGCAGGCUGGGGAUCCAUGAGGGAAGGAGGUUCACUCACCAAUCUGUUGCAGAAGGCUGCAGUAAACAUCAUUGACCAAACAGACUGCCAGCAGUCAUAUGGUGGUGGGCUGACUCCUAACAUGAUGUGUGCUGGUUACAUGGAAGGAGGCAGGGACACCUGUCUGGGGGACUCUGGAGGGCCGCUGACUUGUCGCCAGUUCUCUGGCCAGUGGUUUGUUGCUGGGGUGACCAGCUGGGGGCAUGGAUGUGGACGAAUGGGCUUCCCGGGGGUUUACACUCGUGUGACAUCUGUCAGGGAGUGGAUAUCUAGAUACCUGCCAUUUUGAAGUCAUACAAGAGAAAAAAAAAAAGCAGUUGUACCCAAAGAGAGAUGACAAAUCCACACAGAGGAGGUGGAUAGUCCUGAUACAUCUUCUCCACAACA